UAGUGGGGGUUGCGUUCCCCAGUAGCACCACAGCACAAGAAGAGCGAAAUAGAAUCCAAGAACCCGUCUGCGUUAGGUGAUCAGAACUGAGGGAAAAAGGACAGGAGAGCACAAGAAAAGAAGAAAAAAUCACUGGGACAGUUUCCAGAGGCCCUUGUGUGAUCGCUCUUUCCUUGGAUACAUAGGCGAAUCAGCUCCAGCUUCCGGAUUGUUUUUGUCAUACUUCAUGCAUGGGAGCAGAGGUUGUUUUGGAUGCUGUUUGAAGCCCAAACCGACUACUGCAGUGGAUGCGCCAUCAAAAGGGUCAGAAAUUCAUGAUCGGAAGUUGAAAAAUCCAAGCAAAUCAGAAAACUUCUGGAGCACUAGCACGUUAGAUAUGGACAAUAGUGCAGUUCAGUCCCAGGGGAGCAUCUCAUCAAUCAGUACUUCAAACCAGACUAUUGACCCACAAGCUGGCAAUCCUGGGACGCCGUCUGAAUUUGUUAAUCAUGGUCUUAUACUCUGGAAUCAGACUAGACAGCGUUGGAUAGGUAACAAGAGGUCUGAGAACCAGACGCAACAAGUUCAACCUAAAUUAAACUGGAAUGCUACAUAUGAUAACUUACUUGGGAGCGAUAAGCCCUUCCCACAUCCUAUCCCUCUCUCAGAAAUGGUGGAUUUUCUCGUGGACACCUGGGAACAGGAGGGACUAUACGACUGAAGAAAUUGAGCAUGCUUGGAAAGAUGUUUGGAGGUUCCAAAUGCUCCUUUCGGCUGCUGUAACAUUCAUUCUUUGUUCGAAAGAGAAGUUACUAAUCAAGAACGCUUGGUAUACUGACUAUGAGGAAUCACAUGGAAAUAUGACUCCCUAGUUUGUUGGCCUUUUGAGCUUUCCCUGUUCCUCAUUUUGAAUAAAUAGUAGGGAAGCUGCCUAUGCUGUUCGACGGGAA